GACAACCUGUUGAGUGAGAAAAUUCAUUAUGUUGACAGUGUAAAAAUCAGGGUAGGCAAAUUGUUUUCAACGCCAAGUUUUCGCGGAUUAACAGUAUAUAUAAUCCAGAAGAUUACAGAAUAGCGUAUCCAGAAGCUUAGAGGUUUUGUGCUUAACAUCAUAUCAUCAUGCUAUUCAAAAUUGGUUACGUUUUCCUGCUGGGUUUGUUCUGUGUGCUGGGUCAAUCUGAUGAGGUCGAUACGGCUCCUAGUGAUGUAGACGACGCGCCUAGUGAGGUAGACAAUGAUGUAGAUGGCAUAGAUUAUAUCGAAUUGGAAUAUGAUAUAGAUUGGGAUGCCGUAGACGAUUAUUUAGAUAGCUUACAGAAAAGAGACUUCUGGGGAGAUGUUGCCAAAUGGGCUAAAAUAGCUGGAGAUGUGGCGACAGCCGCUAACGGAAGGGAUGUUAGACGCAAGGACCUGUCACUGGCACUCAAAAAAAGAGACUUCUGGGAAGAUGUUGCCAAAUGGGCUAAAAUAGCUGGAGAUGUGGCGACAGCCGCUAACGGAAGGGAUGUUAGACGCAAGGACCUGUCACUGGCACUCAAAAAAAGAGACUUCUGGGAAGAUGUUGCCAAUUGGGCUCCUGGAGUAGCAGCUAUUGCAAGCAGAGAUGUUGCAUAAGUUGUACCAGCUGCCAGUACAGUUGGUCAAACAAGGGGACCUCCACUAAACACUUAAUAAAAUGUCAUUACAUCAAUCUCAUUAACUUUUAUUGCUUAAUUGGAAAUGUUGAAGUUAAAUUAAAGAAUACAGAUAUACAUAAA